AUGCUUCCCGACAUCAAACCCUUCAAAAUUGCCGUCCCAGACUCGGCCAUUGCCGCGUUGAAGGCUAAAUUGGCCAAGGCUGCCUACCCGGACGAAGUGGACUUCUCUGAUGUCUGGAAUUAUGGCGCGACGCGGAACGACGUCAAACGGCUCGCCAAACAUUGGGAGGAUGGGUUUGACUGGAGAGCGCAAGAGCAGAAACUGAACAAGCUGCCUCACUACAUGACCAAGAUUUCCGUCGACGGUUUUGAACCGCUCGACAUUCACUUCAUCCACCAGAGGAGCUCCCAGUCAAACGCCAUUCCAUUAUUAUUCGUCCACGGAUGGCCUGGGAGCUUCCUGGAAGUUACCAAGAUCUUGCCUCUGCUCACGGAGCCUCGACAGGGCCAGUCUUUUCACGUCAUCGCACCGUCACUGCCCAAUUUCGGCUUCUCUCAGCAGGUCCGGCAACGAGGAUUUGCUCUUCGCCAGUACGCAGAGUGCAUGCACAAGGUUAUGCUUCAACUAGGCUAUGAAAACUAUGGUAGGAUGACCCUGACCGCUAAACAUGGCACCUUGCCAGGCAACUUUGCCCCUGAAUUAAUGCUUCAUACAGUGACUCAAGGAGGAGAUUGGGGCUUCUUCAUCACCCGCCUCAUUGCCUUGCAUUAUCCGAAGCAUUGUCUCGCAUCGCACAUCAAUUUCCCGCUUGUCCGGCCGCCUCCGGCCAAAUCGCUGUGGUUUGGCCUUCAGUAUCUCCUAGGGCAGUACUCGCACACAGAUAAGCAGUGGCUUGCGAGAACAUUGUGGUAUUUCGCAGAGGGCGCAGGCUACAUGAUGCAACAGAGCACAAAACCAUCAACGCUGGGCUUCUCACUCGCCGACUCACCGGUGGCCUUGCUGGGAUGGAUAUAUGAAAAGUUGCACGAUUGGACUGAUGACUACCCUUGGACCGACGACGAAAUCUUGACAUGGGUCUCCAUUUACCAGUUCUCUACUGCUGGCCCGGCCGCGAGCCUUCGCAUCUACUACGAGGCAUACCACUCGCGCAAAGCGUCUUUCAGAUGCACACGGUACGUGCCUUCGGUUCCACUGGGGAUAUCGUACUACCCCAAGGACUUGUUUGUCGUGCCCAAGUCGUGGGGCAAAUGUCUAGGUCCGGUAGUCUAUGAAGCGACGCACACCCACGGCGGACACUUUGCGGCUUUUGAGAAACCCGAGCUUUUUGUCGCGGAUCUGCAGUCCAUGUUUGGAGAGGAAGGAGGAGCUCAUGGCGUGGCCCAGACGUUGUCUUCAACAGUGUAG